AUGUUUAUUUUUAUAUUAAUAUUAUCUUUUUUUGCACCAGUAACAAGUAUUUCUAUUAGAGUUACCACUAGAUUUGGAACCAUAAUAGGAAAAAAAAAUUGUGAUUCAAGGGAUGUUACAGAGUUUUUAGGAGUUCCAUAUGCCUUACCACCAGUAAAACAAUUGAGAUUUAAAAAACCUGAACAAUUAACCAGAAAUUAUUAUGGAAAGAAAUUUAUAGCAACUAAAAAAGCUAAAGCAUGUCUUCAACCAAUACAAAAGUUUGGAUUUAAUGGUCUUGAUGAUUGGUAUCCAAAGAAAGAAGAUAUGUCAGAAGAUUGUCUUCAAUUAAAUAUAUGGGUUCCUAAAAAUUCAAAUGGAGCUGUUAUUGUUUUUCUUUUUGGAGGACAAUAUACGUAUGGAUCACCUUCUUUAAAAUUUUAUGAUGGUAGUAUAUUAGCUAAACAAACAGGUUCAAUUGUAGUAAAUGUUGGUUACAGAUUGGGUGUAUUUGGUUUUGCCUAUUUUAAAGGUGAAAAAAAAAAAGGUAUUCCUGGAAAUUUAGGACUAUUAGAUCAACAAUUAGCAUUAAAAUGGAUACAACAAAACAUUGGAUAUUUUGAUGGUGAUCCUAAACAAGUUACAUUGUUUGGACAAGGUUCAGGAAGUGCUAUGGCAACUGCUCACUUGUAUUCUUUAAAAAGUACAAAAUUAUUUAAAAGAAUUAUUGCUUCUUCAGGAACAAUUAAAAAUCCAUGGGCACACACAAAAACUGAAUAUGUUGAAGACAAUUUUAGAAGAUUAAUUUCUAGAUUAAAAUGUAAUGAUUUCCACUGGACAAAAGAAAUUGAAUGUAUGCAAAAACUUAAGGCUUCAAUGAUUCUUGAAAAAGCUCCCUAUAUUAAACAUCAUUUACAAAGCUUUUCUACACCAGCAUAUUUACCUGUAGAUGAAGAUGAUGUCUUUUUUAAAAGUAAUAUAAGAAUAUUAUUUAAAAGAAAUGUAUUUACUAAAGGAAAAGUUGAUAUAUUAUUAGGAAAGACAUUAGAUGAAGGAUCACUUUUUAUGCCAUUAAGGUUAAAUAAUGACACUUAUGGAUGUAAAUUAAAUUUUAAAAAAAGUAUGGAAAGUUCUGAAAAUCAAUGUGAGAUGGAUAGUAGAAAUUUUAAUAAAGUUGUUGAAUUAAUUAGAUUUGACCAUAAAUUAAAAGAAAAAAGUGUAGCUGAAAUUUUAGAUCUUUAUAAACUAGAAGCAAAAGAAUUUAGAGAUAAAGCACUUAGAGCUAUAUCAGAUUUUGGUUUUAAUUGUGAUAUUAGAGAAUUUGCAGAAAACUUAUUUUUCAAUAUUAGAGGAAAAAAAUAUAUUUAUACUUUUAAUAAACGAUCUUCAUCAAAUCCUUGGCCAAAAUGGAUGGGUGCAAUGCAUCGUUAUGAUUUGUUAUAUAUUUUUGGAUAUCCAUUUUUAAAUCCAAAAUAUUAUAAAAGCAAUCAAUUAAAGAAUGAAAAAGAUUAUUCAGAAAAAUUGAUGAAUGUUAUUGGUGGGUUUGCUUUGAAUGGUAAAAUGUAUAGAGAAUUAGAUAACCUUUAUGCAACUUUUAAAGGCAAACAAGAUUAUGAUAAUAAAUUUAAACUAAAAAAAAUACGUGAAAGUUAUUUUAGAGAAGAUAAUAUUUGUAUUGAAGUUAAAAAAAUUGAACAUAAGUAUAGACUUGUUCAUCCAUCAUUUGAAGAUGAUUAUUAUGACUAA